AUGGCCAAGACAAGUCUACGGCGGCCCAAUGAUGCGAAUGGUGGUCGCUUUGUCGCCCCGCCGCUACCCGGGCGGAACAUACGGAACCUGGCCCCACUGGCCCCAAGAGAUGUCCAGAAAUACUUGGGCACCCCGUCCACCCCAUCCAUCCCGACUCCUCCAAAGCCUCAGAAGAGCAUCCGGGCACCAGAGCGGCUGGCGGAGCGGCUGAAAGGUGGCCAUGUCCGCGGCAUACUUGCGCGGGCAGGUCUCCAGAAGAUUGUCGAGACUGAGGGUCGCUGGAGCUACAACAAAGACCUCUUGACUGAGCUGGUGCAGGCAACCCAGGGCGUCUCAAUUUUUGAGCUCCUGGUCACCCUGACGCGAGCGAAAGCACAGGAAGUUGAGCACUGGCCCGAGAGCAUCAAAGCGGCUGAGAAGCUCGAGUUGCUCAGGUCUUUGCAGAGUCGAUUGCAGUCCGCGCUGAGCUCCAGCUGCAUUGAAGCCAUGGAGGUGCUGCUGCAGAGUGUGGAGGCCGUUCCGGCAUUGAGGGCCCACCCCGAUUUCGGCCCGCUCGUGUCUGCGGUCGAGCAGCGACUUCGCAAGCUGCGGAGCUUGCGCUGCGAGUUAAGGCGCGCAGCUCGGUCCUCCGACAUCGUCCUGCUAGCAGGCUCGCUGCGGAUGGCAGGCGAGCUCGGGGUGAGAGGGCCUGAAGCCAUCGCGCCGUGGAAAGAAGUGGAGGUGGCGGAGGUCCGUUUGAACGUGCUGCAUGCACUCCUUGCCAAGAUGAUUGGACUCCUGGGCAUGGUGUCCGAGGUGGAAGAGGCUGCCUUCCUCCAGGUGUUGAGACAUGCAGACAGAGUCCUGGAGGAUGAUCCGCUGCCGCCCUUAGGAUGGGUGCUCAAGGCAGUGCGCGAACAAUUUCAGCAAAGGUAUGGCUACGACUACGUCAGCUCCGCACCAGCCCCGAAACCCGGGACGUGGGAGGUGGAGCUUCGGCGGAAUCUGGAUGAGCUUGGGCCGAAGGAGCUUGAGCUGCUGCGAGAGUUUGCAACUCCCGCAGCUGUCUCGGCGUAUACGGUCCAAGGGAUCUCUGGUCCCGGAAGUGUGGUGGAGGAAGCCGUUGCUGGCACAAGCGAGCAGAUCAUCCGUGAAGUCAUUCGGAGUGGGUUGCAGGCAAGUUCUGGUGCGUUUGAUCAGGUUUGCUUGCCUCAACCACGUUCUGAUGCCGGUAGCGUCGUCGUUGAGGAUUCUGACACUACCGUUGACAAGAUCAUUGGCCAGGUCAUGCAAUCCGAGCUGGCGCUGAUAGGGCAGCUGAGAGUCGGUCAGGAUGAUGCGAGACCUGCAGAGCCUGUUCAGCACAGAGAGCCGAGCAAUGAGGACGCGUGCAGCAGUCUGUGUCGGCAGCUUGUGAACGACCUCAUGUCGACAGGGCUGGAAGUCGAGGCCAGUUCCGGUGACCCCGUGUUACGACCCGUGACCACUCCCUCGGCCGAGACGGUGCAGAUGAGCAUGGCUCGCACUGAUCGCACCAGCCCGGAGGACACUGCCGCCGUCCCCUCUACCAGGCCAGGUCCCGUGCAAGCGGAGGAUGUCGAUGGACAAAGCAAUGAUGCCCUUGUUGCCGACAUCAUCCAUGGUCUGCGAGCCUCGACGGAAACGCCCUCUGCCGAAACAGUGCAGAUGAGCAUGGCUCGCACUGAUCGCACCAGCCCGGAGGACACUGCCGCCGUCCCCUCUACCAGGCCAGGUCCUGUGCAAGCGGAGGAUGUGGUUGGACGAAGCAACGACGCCAUUGUUGCCGGCAUCUUCCAUGGUCUGCGAGCCUCGACGGAAACGCCCUCUGCCGAAACAGUGCAGAUGAGCGUGGCCCGCACUGAUCGCAUCUCGGAUCCCAAAGAAGAUUUCAACGCUGCGGAGGAUGAGGCAGGACGAAGCAGCCGCGCCAUUGUUGCUGGCAUCGUCGAAGGUUUGCGACCUGCAACGGUAACGCCCUCCGCCGAAACAGUGCCGCUAAGCGGGAGACAAAGUGCACAAGAGGGGUCUCAGGCCUCCGAGUUCAAAGCAGUCGAAAGCGUCUUCAAGGAGCCGCGCGUCCAUCCAGGCAGUUGCCUUCCGAGCGCCACCUCAGCGGAGGCCAAGAGCAGCAUCAUCACUUUGCAAGAGGAUUCUGCUGCACCGGGACAGUCCUUGGUUGAAGGCAUUGUGCAGACCGAGCUGGAAAGUGUAUGUGGUGGCACGGAUGAUGCGAGCUCGACCGAGAUGUUCCACAAAAAGCUCCAAGAUCAGCUUUCAGUGCUGAGAACACCUGAUGAGGAGGACCUUGCAGAUGCAGAGGUGGCAGAGGUGCUCUCCAAAGCCUUUUCCGCAGCUGUCAUGGAGGAGCAGGAGCGGUGUUGCUCUUCACCUCCUGGACGACAAUCAGGACUGUCGCCUGUGGUGGAGAUCGCGUGCCCUCCAGCAACUCCGACGUCUUUCGUGGAGGAGUCGCUGGCGGAUGCUACUUUGCAGAACGUCCUGCGUGCAGGCCAAAACGAGAAUGAUCCUGGCGAAGCAGCGGUCUCGGACGCUGGAUCCAGCCGCGGAAGCGACGUCGUCGCAAGCCAGAUUGCCGGUGGUUUGGCUUCCGAUCUCUUGGGUUCGCCGUGA